AAUAUGAGUAUUAUAUGUCCGUUUUUUAUAAUUAAAGGCUAUAUUUUUUAGUUUAAUAAUUUGAUACAUAAAGGAUAAAACAUUGCAUAAUUGGAGUAUAAAUAUAUUGGCUUCACCUUAAUUGCUUAAAUUGGUUCCACCUUCUUGGUGCUUGAGGAAUGCAUAGGAUACUUUAUAUAUAUAUAUAUAUAUAUAUACCACAAUCAUGAUGGAAUUGGAGAAUCUUUUGCUUAUCCAAAGUUAAAAACAUUGCUUUCUUCCUUCCUACUUUUCUUUUGAAUAAGAGAUCAUAUUUUGUUGAACCAAGAGGGGAAAAAGGCUUAAGUUGGUUCGAUAGAGGAUCAGACAAGUCUAUAUAUGUAUCUCUUUCUUCUUUAAAGAAGAAUAGAUUGUUUCAAAGUUCUUAAGAAAGGUAGAGCAAAUGAAGGGAAAGUGAGGCAGCUGAAGGAAGUGGCUAAUAAUCCUAUUGUGCUCAAGUGGGAGAGUCUCGCUAAAGGUACGUACCUAAUUGAGGAGGGCAUUUAAAGCUGUCUGCAGCACAAAGAAAGCAGAGUGCAGGAAAGGAAAGCCAUGGAUAUGGCUGGAAAACUUCUGCAACAACUGCUACUCGGGGUCAUAAUUUUAGCAGCCACAGCAGUAUCUAUUGCAAACUCAACCUGCGACCGCGAGUGUGGAAAUAUUAAAAUCCCCUACCCAUUUGGAACAAGCGAGGGCUGUUACCUUGACAAACCUUUUCUCAUCACUUGUAACCACACGUUCGAUCCUCCAAAACCAUUUCUGGACCAUGAUAUUCCUGUUGAGAACAUAUCAGUACCGAAUGGUGAACUGCGAGUCUCAAACCCCGUAGCCCACCUUUGCAGAGAAUUUAAUCGGGCAGCCUGCCGCCAACCCCAAGAUCCACAAUAUUCCAGUUGCAUUGCGCGCGGGGUCUACACGCGCGUGGACUACACGCGCAUCUCUGCCUUGCUUAAUUUGUCAAAUUUUCGCAUCUCAGAGACGAGGAACAAGAUCACUUCUGUUGGUUGUAAUGUUUAUGCAUAUAUUCAAGGUUCAGAGGGACAGAAGGGCUUCACCACUGGAUGCUUAUCACUCUGUGACGAAAAUCUCAACGUGGUUAACGGGUCUUGCUCUGGCAUUGGCUGCUGCCAGACUUCUAUCCCAGAAGGAGCAAUGGGGUAUAUUUUGAAUGUUCGGAUCUUGAACAACGACACCUUACCUGGUGGCAAAAAUUUCGGAGGUCAAUCAUGUGGUUACGGCUUUAUAGUGGAUGAACAAGCAUACAACUUUUCCUCCUUAGAUUUCGUAAACUUAAAGAAUAGGAGUUCUGUACCCCUGGUGCUUGAUUGGGCAAUUGGAAAUAAGACAUGCAAAGAUGCUAAGAAAAAUAAGGAAAGCUAUGCAUGUAAGGCAAAUCAUAGUUAUUGUUACAAUUCCACCAGCAGCCCUGGUUAUCGUUGCAAUUGCUCGGAGGGUUAUCAAGGGAACCCAUACUUCUCCGAUGGGCCUGAGAGUUGCCAAGAUAUUGAUGAGUGCAUGGGCCUUCGGAAGCCUUGCAAUGCUAAUGCAACAUGCACCAACACUGAUGGAAAUUACACAUGUACUUGUCCCAAGGGAUACGAAGGUGAUGGAAGGAAAGACGGAACAGAUUGCAGGCCUAUAGUACUUGGCCAAUCUAAUAAUAAGAUCAUCAGCAUUGCAUUGGGUGUCAGCAUAAGCCUCUUAGUGCUCCUUGUGGGAACCUCCUGGGUAUAUUGGGGACUCAAGAAAAGAAAACUCGUUAAACUCAAAGAGCAGUGGUUCAAGCAAAAUGGUGGCUUAAUGUUACAACAACGACUCCACAAUUGCACGGGAUCUAUGGAUACAGCAAAAAUCUAUAGUGUAGAAGAACUUAAAAAGGCAACGGAUAACUAUGACAAAAGUAAAAUCCUUGGUCAAGGAGGCUAUGGAACUGUUUACAAAGGAGUGUUGCCAAAUAACAAAGUGGUUGCUAUUAAAAAGUCCAAAAUUAGUGAUCAAAGUCAGAUAGAGCAAUUCAUAAAUGAGGUAAUUGUGCUUACUCAAAUCAACCACCGGAAUGUUGUCAAAUUGUUAGGUUGUUGCUUGGAAACAGAAGUUCCCUUACUAGUCUAUGAGUUCAUCAGUAAUGGGACACUUUAUGACUAUAUUCAUGAUACAAGCCGAUCGUCCUUACUCUCAUGGGACAAGCGUAUGAAGAUAGCUACAGAAACUGCAGGAGCUCUUGCAUACUUACAUUGUGAAGCUUCUAUGCCAAUUAUACAUAGAGACGUGAAAACUGCAAAUAUACUUUUGGAUGAUAACCACACAGCAAAAGUAUCAGACUUUGGAGCUUCAAGGCUCAUUCCUUUGGAUCAAGCACAUUUAACUACGUUGGUGCAAGGAACACAUGGGUACUUGGAUCCAGAAUACUAUCGUACUAGUCAUCUAACGGAAAAAAGUGAUGUCUAUAGUUUUGGUGUUGUUUUAGCAGAGUUAUUAACAGGUAAGAAAGUAAUUUGUUUCCUUAGGCCUGAAAAUGAGAGAAAUUUGGCUACAUACUUUGUUUCUAUGGUAGAACAAGAUCGCCUAUUGGAAAUUCUUGAUGAUCACAUCUACGAUGGGAGUAAUGCUGAAGAACUAAAAAAAGUUGCUGAUGUUGUAAAAAGAAGCCUUAGUGUUAAAGGAGAUGAUAGGCCUACCAUGAAGGAAGUGGCAGUGGAACUAGAUGGAUUGAGAAUUAAGGAAAGGCACCAUUGAUAGCAUGGGAAAUGAAACACUAAAACCAAUAGAUGAUGGCAGAUAAUCCAUAAUCCUUAGGGGUUAACACAGGCUCAAUCUUUGACUGUCAGGAUGAUCUAAUAUUGCUACUAUCCAUUGCAUACACUUAUUUUUCUGCCCCUCACUCCCCACCAUGUUUUCUUACUCUCACCACCAAUACGCUGCUAGCAUCUUCCUUCAAAUCUCUAUUUCUUUCUAUCUUUCUCUUUCCAAAUCCUUCCAGCUUUUCUAGAUCGUCUUUUUUGUGCUGUCAUCGCCUACAACAAUUAGUAGGUGCUUCUAUCUUGAGUCUAUCGCCUACUUUCCAUAAGUUGGCCUAGCUCCAUUGCUUGGAUUGGAUUCAAAUAUGCCCAUCGACUAAUUGGAGAUUUUGGUCUCGAUCCUUGCAAGUUAGGAUGUUAACAGAUCUUUCGGUAUGCUAAAGUAUUGUUAACUCGUGUGCUUUGCUAUAUUGCGCGCUUUUGUAUUGGUGUGCUUUUGUAUCAGUGAGCAAUUCGUUCAUGUAUCUAAUUAGGUGUGUGCUUUUUGAGUAUUCGUGUAAAUGAAUGUCAUAAGUUUUUAUUCGUGA